UGACAGUUAAGGUCUCCAUGGCAACCACCCCGCGCCUGCGCCCACAACAUUGCUGGACCGCAAUAAGGGCCUUACCCGAGUCCUCUCCCUUUCUGCCCAGAACCAAACAGGCUGAGAGGGCUCAGCUGAACUCUUAGCCCGCCUAAGAUUACAACCCUCGGAUGAAGCCUUACCAUGGGAGUAGCACUGACAAGAGCAGCUCAGUGGACUGCUGCUGGUUCUGGAACUGGCAGACUUGAAAUCACACCACUGAAUGAAUCUCUUUUGAAUGAAAUCAUAAAGUUUACAGAAAGCUUUAGCAGCAAACAUCCCCAAGAAGCUGCCUUUGUCUUUAAGGAGCCACUUCAAUGGCAGACAAAGCUAGAGCUGUCAGUAUUUGAGUCUGGCUAUGAAGUCAGUGAAAAAAUGGUUCAGUCUCAAGAAAGAGACAAAGAUGGGCAGCCACUGCUCUUGGUUAAAGGAUCAACUAUCAGCGUUCGCACAUUUGGGCAGCUCUCUCGUUUGCUGCGUGUGGCCGCAGAGAAGAAGCUGAAAGAAGCACAGGCCUGCCUUGAAGCCAAUAGAGAUCCCAUUGUGAAUAUUCUUGGCCCUGGGUAUGGGACGAUUGAAGGAGAGGACCUGUCCAUGCUUCGUUUAUUAGACAAAGUGAAAAAAGAUGAGGCAUCUGAUAAUGAAAUGAAAAUGAAGAUUUCCCUACUCCUUCAGCAACUGGAUAUGCAGCUGCUCAACAGCUCUUUAAAACAGAUUUCUCAGGAAGUGAGGUUAACCCCAGCUGCUGUGAAAAAUGAAAUAGAGCUGCUUAAACGUUUCUCUGGCGCAAAAGAAGAUGCUGUUCUUGAAUCACUGGAAUAUACAUCAGACUAUGAAUUUGCCAAUGGAUGCCGUGCCCCACCUUGGAGACAGGUCCAUGGGGAAAUUUGCUAUUUGACCAUUAAACCAUGGGACACAGAUCGUAUGUAUGUCACUUGCAGCACAGCUGGAGUAUUUUUAAAUGGAGGACGGGAAAAAGAGAGGGAUGAAAUAAAUUAUGAGAGACAGAGUGACAUAUAUAAAGACCUUGUCUCAUUUUUAAGAGAAAGAUCAGCACUGUUUGUAGAGAAUAUGGAUAAACAGAAAUAUACUUUUUUUGAUGAACCAAAGCAUGAAAAAUAUUAUCGACAUAUGGAAGCAGUUGAAGCAGAAGAGUAUGGCCAAACCCAAAAGUUAUACGACUAUGGAGAAAAGAAUGUGACAGAGAAGCCUAAGAGCGCUAUUCCAAAAACCAAGUCUAUGGAAAGCAAGAAAUUAGAACCAUCUCUUAAGUGGAAAACUACGCCUGGAUCUCGAGAAGAGAAGGCAGCAAAGAAGGAAAGGGAAGAAAAGGAAAGCAAACCUGCCUCUCCUGAUGGCAAGAGAAAAUCUACUGUGACACCCAGUGGCUCAGCUAAGGGGAAAUCUCCAUUAAAGCCUGAAGAUGAAGUUGAAAGUUCUUCAGAGAGUGAAGAAGAUGAAGAACAACCUGAUCGCCAUCAGGAAAUCAAUACAGAUUUGCCUUCAGAAUACUGGCAAAUUCAAAAGUUAGUGAAAUAUAUAAAGGCAGGUAACCAGACAGUUACAGCAAUUGCACUGUGUUCAAUGAGAGAUUUCAACUUGUCUCAAGAAACAUGUCAGUUGGCGAUUAGAGAUGUCGGGGGGCUUGAAGUCCUGAUUAAUUUGCUUGACACUGAAGAAAUAAAAUGUAAGAUUGGUUCAUUAAAAAUCCUGAAGGAAAUUAGCCAGAAUUCUCAGAUCAGACGUACAAUUGCUGACCUUGGAGGAUUGCAGAUCAUGGUGAAGAUACUUGAUUCUGUAGAUCAGGAUUUGAAAUGUUUGGCUGCCGAAACAAUAGCUAAUGUGGCCAAAUUAAGAAGAGCACGAAGAAUAGUCCGAGAACAUGGUGGGAUUAAAAAGCUUGUUGGGCUGUUGGACUGUUCAGCAAUAGGAUCAGCGAGUCCCACUCAGGGAAAGGAAAUUGAAGUAGCACGCUGUGGGGCUUUGGCACUCUGGAGCUGCAGCAAAAGUGCCAAGAAUAAAGAAGCAAUACGUAAGGCUGGAGGCAUCCCCCUUCUGGCUCAGCUGCUCAAAUCCCCCCAUUCAAAUAUGUUAAUACCUGUAGUAGGAACUUUGCAAGAGUGUGCAUCUGAGCCCAAAUACAGAGCUGCGAUCAAGCAGGAGAGGAUGAUUGAGAACCUGGUAAAAAAUCUGAACAGUGACAAAGAAGAACUUCAAAUGCAUUGUGCCAGUGCGAUCUUCAAGUGUGCUGAAGAUCAGGAAACACGCGAUCUUGUUAGGCAGCACGGGGGCCUAAAAUCUCUUGCUGCUUUACUUGCUAAAUCUGACAAUAAAGAACUUCUGGCAGCAGUGACAGGAGCAAUCUGGAAAUGCGCAAUCAGCAAAGAAAAUGUGACCAAAUUCCGGGAGUACAAAGCUAUAGAAACUUUGGUUGGGCUGCUGACAGAUCAACCGGAGGAAGUCCUUGUGAAUGUUGUUGGAGCUCUUGGUGAAUGUUGCCAAGAACAAGCUAAUCGGAGCAUCAUACGGAGAUGUGGUGGAAUCCCAUCCCUUGUUGCUUUACUCACAGGAACCAACCAGGCUCUUCUUGUUAAUGUUAAUAAAGCGGUGGGAUCGUGUGCAACAGAACCUGAAAAUAUGGUGAUAAUUGAUCGCUUGGAUGGUGUUCGUUUGUUAUGGUCUUUAUUGAAAAACCCUCAUCCAGAUGUGCAGGCAAGUGCAGCUUGGGCUAUCUGUCCUUGUAUCGAAAAUGCAAAGGAUGCUGGUGAAAUGGUUCGUUCAUUUGUAGGUGGCUUAGAACUGAUUGUGAAUUUAUUAAAAUCAGACAAUAAAGAAGUCCUGGCUAGUGUGUGUGCUGCUAUUACCAACAUAGCAAAAGAUGAAGAGAAUCUAGCAGUUAUAACAGACCAUGGUGUUGUCCCUUUGUUGUCCAAACUAGCAAAUACAAACAAUGACAAAUUGAGACGUCAUCUAGCUGAUGCCAUUUCUGGUUGUUGUAUGUGGGGAAGCAAUAGAGUUGCCUUUGGCAACACCAAAGCCGUUGCUCCUUUGGUUCGUUACUUGAAGUCAAGUGACCCAGACGUUCAUCGAGCUACUGCUCAAGCCCUCUAUCAACUGUCAGAAGAUGUGAACAACUGCAUUACUAUGCACGAAAAUGGAGUGGUAAAGAUAUUGGGCUUAGCACACUGAGGAAAGUUGCCAGGUAAUUACUUUUGGCAAGAAGCUGAGUAAAAAUAGUUUCCUUGCAAAAGAAACUAUUCACAGAAGCCGAACAUAAGAAAUAACAAUAAAAUGGCAUUUCAGACUUCUUGACUAGUCUUUUUGGCAUUAACUGAAAAUACGAUACAUUUCUGCCUGAAAACAGUAAGUUUAUUUUUACCAGUUAGGUAGUUUUUUAUGUGUUGAAUGAGAACACUCUGUGGUCUCAAUGUUAAUUGUACACAUAUAGUAAAAAUUUGCAUACUUUUUCUCCAAAAGUAUGCAAAUAGCAGGAUCAUAACCAUUUUGGGAAGUAACUUCCCAAAAAGUCUAAGUUUGGUCAUUUUGAUGAUUCCAGAGUGAAGCUUAGUAAAAAAAAAAAUCUUAGCAGGUUUGGGGGGCUUUGUAUGCAUUUAGAUGCAAAGAGCAGCUGUUAGACACAUUUACUUUUAUGAAAGCAAACUGAAAGAGGAGGAAGAUCUUACAUUUACAAGAAAGGUCUUCAUUCAUGUCUUUGUGGAUGCAGAGGAAAGGAAUGCAUUUCAUUCUUUCCUUCGUCUUUGUUGGCUGGUUGCUUGGCAGGCUCCAAGCAAGUGGUGAAGGUUAUAUAUCUAUUUGUGGUCUUUGAGUCAUGGAGCACCUUUAAAAAAUCUUCAGUCUUGUAAUAAUUCUGAGGUCCAGCAGCUGGUGGGACAAUUUAGGACUGGAUAGGGUUCUGAGAAUGAAAAAUGCAAAGCUUCUGUUCAGAUCUACUCUACAGGUGGGCAUACAUUUCAAAUGACAUUUUUGACCCUUGGAGUCCUGCAGAAGCGUUCACAAUUUAUGUGUUUGACAUUUCUUUCAAUCCAGAUCUCAUGCUUGAGUUUGAAUUAAAGCCCAUUGUUGUUAUUUUUACCUUUAGUAUAUAGACAGAAAUAUUUCUUUAGCAAGUUGUAGAUGCUUAUUGCAUGUUUUUGAAUUGUCAGAAUACAUUGAAUGCUCUCCCAUAGCUGAUUGUAACUUACUUGAUUAUAUAGGAAAGGAAUAGUAUUUCAUAUAUUUGUCAAUAUGUAUUAUUUUAAACAGCAACAGUAACCAUAUUUUUUUCCUGGAAGAAAUUUAAGCUUUUUGUAGCUGUAGAUCUGAUUUUAUGUUUUAAAUUUAUAUAUUGUAAUUUAUAUUGUAUUUUAAUAGUUUUAAUUGUUUUUAUGUAUUGUUUGACACUGAUUUUGUAUGGGCAUUGAAUUGUUGCCAUUGCUGUAAGCCCGCCCUGAGUCCCUUCGGGUGAGAAGGAUGGGAUAUAAAUGUGAGAAAUAAAUAAAUAAAUACAUUUUUGGGAAUUGCACUAUACUCACUGGGACCAUGGAUGGCUGGUUGGGAGGGACACCUCUCUGCAUUUCACCACUCCAUGCAUCCAAGAACAAACAAAAUGACAUUCUGGAGAACUAUAUUAUCAUAGGAUCUGAAUUGGUGAUGUGGCAAACAAAAUUCACAUGUCGCUCAUAUAUAUAUUGUUCUUUCUAUUUUUGUUAACUAAAGUAUCUAUUGAACCAUAUUAACCUCAGUGAACAAUAGUAGUAAUCUGGAUGCAUUAUGUGUAGGCAGCAUAUGUACUAGAACUUCUAUUCUUGCUUUAAAUCUAUUGACAAAGGGCCUUUGUGCAGUUACUGAGUAUUUCAGAUCUGUACUCUACACAUUUAUAUCAUCUUUAGAUAGGUUUCUAAAAUAUGGGCUGGAAAAGCAUUCAGAGUAAUAAAAUGCUAGUCAAAAGUUGGAACUUGGAAGAGGAGAACUCUGUAGAUUUGCCAUACUUUCUCCUUCUCUACAUUCAUCUGUGUGUAUGUGUGCACAUGCAUGUGCCAAGCAAGAAAUUCAUGCUCAUAAAAUUAUUUGAAGUAGUUGAAACAAAUAUGAAAAGGGGAGUUUUGGGCAGAAAAAAAGAUGAGCGAAGGAAGAGAUGAUGAUCAUUGGAGAACGUGUGUCCCAAGGGUAAGGUUCAAGCAAGUUAGACAGUAUCGAGAAAAGCAACAGGUCUGGCAAAAUUCAGCCUCCCUAAUUCCUAUUACAUAUGGUAAACUCCUCUUUUAAUCUUAGUAAAAUGAGUUUCCAGUGAACUGAAACAAGUCUGUGUGUGUGUGUGUGUGUGUGUCACAUCACAAAGAACUUUGUCCUGUCAGGCCAAGUGCCUCCUCUAUAUGUUAAUCUUCUCUCAAAAAUACAAAGGUUAAAAAUAAAAAAAUUAAAAGUAUUUCAGAUGAAAGUAUGCUAAAAGACUUUUGGCUUCAUAUUUUCCAGAUUAUCAGUGCUGCCUGUUGCUUUUCAGGGGAUGAAUUUUAUAUCCCUUUAGAUUCUCUGUACUCUGAAUGUUUCUGGCAAUUGGAGCUUUUCUAAAGAUUGUGCCAAAACUAUUACAGCCAUGUGUAGACUUCAAGAUUCUGGUGUUUAAUGAUGUAGACUAAUGGUUCUUAAACUGACCUUUUGCUGAACGCUUGCUCCUGGUAGCACUUUCCUUCUCUCUGUGAUGGAUCUCCAGCCUAUAGACAUUUUCCUUCCCCAUUCAGGCCAAUGCUUUUAUUGGUCUAUUGAUUGAUUGAUUGAUUGAUUCUAUUUAUGCCCCAUUCUAUUUUGUAAGAGCUCAGAGUAGCUAAGAUCUCUGAACGAUGGUGAGUCUUGAUGUCAUCACUCCUUCUCUGAGGUCACACAAUUCAGAUAUGGAGAAGUUGGAUGUCCAGGAAUGUGCAUCUCAUGGUGAUAGUGGUCUCGCUAAGUCCAGGAAGCUGGAGGCUGGGGCAGUGGGGGGCCCUGCUCCCCAGCAGUAGGUGGCAGACACUGAAUGUGCUGAAGACAUCCUUUUUUGAACAAUGAAAAAAUAGAGAUUGUGUUAAUCACAUAGCUGUUAAACAGGAGAUUCUGAUUCAGUAGGCACCUGGUGUUUUGGAGGCAGCUGUCCAUAAAUCUCACAGCAGCUCCC